UUCCCAAUGGCAAGAGAGUAAAUUGACAUGUCCUUUUGAAGAUAAUAUUUGUAUUUUGACAUUGGCUUAGUGACUUUGUAUUUGGUUAGUUGUUUUCUGCAUGUUGUAAUGUGAAAAUUUUACAUUAAUGAAGUAAGAAACAUUACUCAAACAAAGCAGUAAAUUUCUGAAAUUUCAGUUUAAAGAAGAUGUCAAGUGACAGACUACCUCCUAGGAAUGAUCGAGAACCAGUUCCACUCAUUGAUAAGAUAGCGCCACCACCCUGUCCUGGAACAGAAGUGUCAGUGUUGCUUGAUCAAGAAAAGAGUACAUCCAUUCAUUUGAAUUCACCUUCAGUUACUCAAUCUAUUAAAGAGAGAUUAGAGAAGAACAUGCAAAGACAGGAACAACAAAGUGAAUUAUCUGAAGCUAAACAAGUUCAUCGUGAAUCAUACAACACGUGGAAAGCCAGAAAUGCUCAUGCAUUGCAAGAUAUAACUGGCAGCAGUUUAGAAAGAACAAAAUCAUCUGUAAAACAAGCUGUGCGUUCUCCUAAAGUGAGUGAUGUGAGAAGACCACAGACCAUUAGUAAUGAGCAUUUUUACUCUCAAAGUCACCAGCAUGUCACAUCCCCACAACCCGCUGUUAUUCAAGCUCUUCAUGACAAAUACACAAAUCACGUAAGCACACCCAGAGUUGAAUCUUAUCCAAGGGAAGAUGAAAAUCUUACUCGUUAUAACACACAUCAACAGAACACCAAUAAUUGCCAAAGUAAUGAUAAAUAUAAGCAUGAAAACUGUUACCGGACCAAUGAAAACCCUUAUGUAAGAGACAUUCACAACUUUUCUAAGCUCUCUCAGAAUCAGUUGCACAAUAUCUCUCCUGUGGUAAACACACAUAAAUCACAAUCUAAAGUCAGAGACCAUCAAGUUGAUAACGUGCAUCCACAAUGUAACACACACAGGCAUAGGUUAUGUAGAGAUAUACCUGAACAACGCUCACCUAAUUACCGUGAAAAUCACUUUAAUCAAGAUCAAUGUGAUUGCAACCAAGUUAAAGUUGGGAAUAACCCAACUAAUGCAAUGGAAUUAGCUAAUAGAGACAUAGCGUUAACAAAUAUUGCAUCUCCAUUGAACAUUGCUCACGUAAAUAAUCAGUCUGUGAUGGAACUGUACAAUAUGAUACACCUGCAGAAUGAGCAAAUUUUAAUGUUGCAACAACAAAUAAAACAGAUCCAUUUACAAUUGCUACAAAUCCCCAUAGACAAUGAGAGAUUUGUAGAACAAAAAAUUGCAUGCCUUAAAUUGACUAAUGACAACAAAAAUGACAAAGCCUCUAAAGAUAACUGUAAUUGUAACAAUAAUAAAAGUAUUGGUACUCAAACUCAAUAUAAUUCAAAAGAAAAAACCUCAAAGCCAUCAAAUAAUGCUGAUAGAUCCAACCGAUCAGCUAUGACCAGUAAUACUGAAGAUAGUGACAAUAAUAGCUCGACUUCAUCUGAAAAAACCAAGACAAAUAAUCAUAAAAAUCAAACAAAAUCUAAAAAAAAGGUUGCACAAAAGAAAUACAAGUCACCUUCUCACAGUCAAAAAGAACCAAAUAAAAAAAAACUGCACAAAGAAAAGGAAAAGAAACAACAUACCAAAAGUUUGCGUUCUCCAGUUAAAAAAACAAAUAAAAAAGAAUUGGAACCACGUAGCAAAGUAGAAACAUCAUUUUCGUUGGAUGAAUCUAAGCUUGUGGAAAGGCAUGAAGAAAAAAGUGAUGAUGAUACUUCAUCAGAAGCCUCGAUUGAAAUUGACAUGCCAGACUACCUAGAUUCUAAUGAAAGUGACAAUUCAGAAAGCUCAAGUGAUACAGACGAAAGUGGAGAUUCAGGAACCGAAACUGAAGAAUCUUCGGAGCCUCAACCUGGUUGGACAUUUUACAACGGUGUUGUUGGGCAGGUGAACAACAUAUUACAGCGAAAUCAAAGUCCGUCCAGAAAUGAAAGACUACAAAUGCCAAAAAGGACUACAGUAAACCAACCAAACAGGUUGUUUGGUCCUAUGGAUCCAAUGUACCAAACAGGAGAUAUGGACACAGGAGUUAAUUGGUCUAAAAGAGUUACAUUUAAUGGACCACCACCGGAGGACAGUGACAACAUUCCCAACAUGGUGCAGAUGCCUUGGUUCCAACAGUCUAGGCCUAAUCAACCCUAUAGAACAAAUGGUGGUGCUCCUGGUAGAAUGCAAGAUUUUAUGAUGUUUAACAUUGCCAAUGGAAAUACAAAUCAUUCAUUUUCUACAUUGAGAUUUCUCGAACGUUAUGACCAUGUUUCGUCUUUACAAAAGGGUCCAGAAAUUCCUGAUUACUUAUUUCAAGAAAACAAGAAGAGCAAGUCAAAGAAAAAGAAGAAAAGUAAAACUACAAAUCAUGACAUGUUUUCCCAUGUGCCUCAACAGAAUCACAGUAGAAAACAUUACUAGAUAUAGGUUAUUGUAGUGAUAUUUAAAUGAAUGAUAUUUUGUAAAAAGUGUAUUUUGACAAAACUGUUUGAUUUAUCAGUAAAUAUUUACAUUUA